AAAAAAAAAUGAAUAAGAAAUUCGGAAUCAGCGGUGUAAUAAUUCUUGGCAUACGAAUAAAAAUGGUUCGCCUUGUCGUAUAAGCAACAUUCAGUCAACUGGCGAAAAGUCCAAAAAGUUACAUUUAAAUUCAAGAAAAACUGAUUAUGCUUUAAGAACAGCUUAUAUUAGUAUUCAAUGGACUAAAAUAUAUAAAACUUCUGGUUACUUUAGAUCUACGCAAUGUUUUUUAGUACCAAAACAUUCAAAUUUAAUAAUUGUAACGGUUUUCGCAAUUAAACAUUUUGAUUCAGCGGGUCGAAGAGCAUGUCCACUGUUAUUUCAUUUAUGUGCCUGUAAGUGUUAUUGAUCAAAAUAAGCUAAACCAAGAUAACAAUUAGGAAAGCAUAAAAAUGUAAAAUUCAUGAAGUCCGCGGAAAAUAUUACCCUCUCUUCAAGCAUCACCCCAUGAACUAAUUAAAGUAUAUUAUGCCGUCGGGAAUACUUUUGCUUUUUAAUUUUCGUGACAUACAUGCGGGCUCCAGAAGUACAUAAAUCGAUUUAUGUGUUUACAUAACUAACAAACUGUCCCACUAUAGAAACUGUGUAAGUUCAUUUACGUGAAUGCGUGAUGGCGGAAAAGAAUUUUCUUAUCAGUUACAAAAAUGCUUUACCUCAAAGUAGUCAUCAUACUUUUCAACUACCGAAUAAACUCGUUGGCUUUCGGAUAUUGGACUGCGGGUAUACAAACUGAAGCCACAAACGCGCUGCUGCCACAGAAAGCCUGUCAAAUCGCUGCCGCACAUGACUCCUAUGUCUACAUCAUCUACACGGGGGUGGAGCGGAAUAACUCAGCAUUCGCAUUGGAAAUAAAUUUACUAAAAUGUAUGGCUACAUUGCCAACCCACAUAAUGGAGUUAAGGAGCGUAACGAAAGAGCGCGAACAUACGUAUAACAGUUUCAGCCUCUUUGUACUAUCUGCGAGGCCGGAGGAGUCCACGGCAUACGUGCGACGCAUCACGAAUAUUAUGAACGAGAAACAGAAGCGAAAACAUGUCCACAAAUACAUCUUCCUUUGGCGUGAUGCAUCACUUGAGCAGCUACGCGAACUGCUCUCCGCUGUGUGGCAGCGCAAAAUACUCAAUGCGAUUGUCAUAACUGGCGAGCGACACAUUUACACUUUUGAACCGUACGCAGAGCCGGGUUUCAUCAUAAAACGCAUUACGGAUAAUCGAUAUUUCUACGAUAAAUUGAGGAAUCUUCAUAAACAACAGCUGCGCAUCACAAUGUUCAAGGAUUUCUUGCGUGCAAUACCGAUGUCGCGCGCCGAGCUUGGCUACACAGGCGUCGACGGUUUGUUCGCGGGCAAUGUUGCGGCAUAUCUCAAUGCGACCGCGAAUUACACACAACCUGCUGAUAAUGAAAAUUAUGGCUCUUGCCUGCCAAAUGGCUCGUUCACAGGCGUCCUACGCGAUUUGAUCAGCGGCACGGCGGAUGUCAGCUUCAAUGCUCGCUUCACACUGCCCUGUGCAGCAGCACAUGUAGAGAUGCUCUAUCCGUACUUUAAACGCAAACUCUAUUUGGUUGUGCCCGCAGCAAAAAUGCAACCCGAAUAUUUGAUUUUUAUCAAAGCUUUCACAUGCACGCUUUGGCUUCUGCUGUCGUUGAAUUUCUUUGCGGUCACCGCAAUCUUUGUCCUCCUCAAUCGCUGGGCAGAACGCUUGCCACAUGCGGUGAAAAUGAAGCAUGGCCGUUGGUAUGAGGUCUUUGAGAUGUUUGUCAAGACUCACCUGGGCGAGCCGGUUGCAGGCUUCUCGCGCAUAAGUUCGCUGCGCCAAUACCUCAUCGCUUGGAUCUGCUUUAGCUAUAUUCUGACCACAAUAUACUUUGGCAAGCUGGAGAGCAGUUUCGUACAUCCGGAAUAUGAAGCGGAGUUGGAUUCUCUCGACGAGCUGCAUAAGUUGGAUGUGCCCAUCUUUGGCGUGCACUCGCUCUUCACAACAGUACAGUCGGCUCUAAGUGUGGCGCACUGGGGUGAGAUUGAAAAGCGUGCUGUUUCACUGCCCUUGUACUUUUCAUCCUUCCUCUUCGCUGUGCCGGUGAGCGUGCGUAGGGAUUGGCGCGCAGCGUUCGUGCUGCGUGGCGAGACCGCAAAAGAUUUUCUAAUAAAAACUUACGAUGUAGAGCGGCGCCGCCCGCGUUUUCACGUCGUCAAAGAAUAUCUCCGUUCGAUGCCGCAGGAGUAUAUUUUGCAGAAGGGCUCGCCCUUUCGCUAUAAGUUUCAACAGUAUCAGGCGAGGAUAUUUGAGAGUGGCCUUCUGGAGCAUUGGAGCAUUAAAGAUUUAUACUACACCGGCGGCACUACAUCCCACGAGGUGGAGGAGUUCUAUGAAGACUUGCCGUCCGAUACGGAUUUUGAUUUGACCGAGUUCACUGACAACGAAGGAGUUGGUGCGGACCGGAAGAAGAAGAGGAUAGUUUUGAACUUGGAUAUACUGCAGGGCGCAUUCUGGUUGUGGUGUUUCGGUAUAGUGUUUAGUGUAAUUGGGUUUGGUGUGGAAUACACCUAUUGGUGGUAUGGAAAAAAAUCGGUGAAAAUAAUUGUAUGAAAGUAAGAGAAUGUAGAUGAGGAAAGAGUAAAAGAGUUAACGGAAUGAGUAUUGGAGAAGAGAUUUUGAGGAGUUAUUCUCUCCAUAAUGUAUCCACUACUCCUCCACUCCCUCUCUUCAUCUCGUAAGCUCCUUUUCUUUAUUGCGCCCUUUCUUUUCCCUUCAUAUAUGUUUUCCAUUUUUUCUCCUCUUCCGUCUCCACGUUUUCAUUUACCAAUUUUUUCUGAAUAUUUUAAAAAUUAGGAGGUUUUUUGUGAAAAUCGGGAUAGCGGUUAUCUACCGAACGUGUGUUGGGCGUGAUGGUCGGUCGGUUCGGCUUCAGUACUGGCGCGAGCUGGAUUUUAUAAUCCAUAAACCAAGAUUCUUCCCCUAAAUCUGUCAUAAAAGGCACAGCUUCAAUUAUUGCUCGCAGUGCGAAUGAAUUCAUUCGGGUCUUCUUGGAUACUCUGCUUCACAGCAGCAAUUGCGGUUCGAUGGGCCCUGAACGCCACUAGACUAACAACGUUCGCAACCGUUAGAAUUACCUACUCAUUUUCCCGAUUAUAUCGACCGAAUAUUGGAUGCAGCGCCAACCGAAAAAAUGAUUGUCUCAUUGAAAACCACGUGUCUAACAAAUCACCCUUUAUUUUUUGGUAGGGAAAUUAUUUCGAACUUCGUGUUUUACAAUUCCGUCAAUAAUUUUUCAUGUUUC